AUGGAGCCAUCUCUCCCGUCAAUUCGCCAAUUCUCACUAUCAAAGACGUUGAGAGACGACCCAGCUCCGCCUUCCAAUUCCGCUUCGCCGCCGACCAAACCGACACAACCUAAAAAGCUGAAGAUUCCACCCGCCCUCCUAAAGUUCAAGAACUCCAACACAGACAAAGCCGGGCCACGUCGCUUUGUCGAUGCCAGACAACUUGCAGCCUCCAGGCGUCCUGGACAACUUCCGAAUGUGCUCAAGGGCCCACCCCGUUUUCAAGGUAGAAAGCCCGGGAGCGCAGGGCCUAGGACACCUUCGCGGGAUCGCAAACCAGGUACCCAGCGAUCUGCUCAACGGGGGAAUCAGAAACGACCGUUCCGAAGGCGUCUAGAUGAUGGAGCAGGCGAUACCGCUCUAGAAAACGAACUUGAAGAUGUCUACCGUGAGCUCGCGGAGAAAGACAAGCCAACACCUACUCGCUAUCAACCUCAACCUCCUAGCCUACAAAACCUGAGCGAGACGUGGCCCUCCUUCCCAACAGAUGUCACCGCCACUACCGCUGGAAUCGUUGAAAAGCUCUCUUCGCUGGGUGGCCGCAUUGCCGAUGGCUAUGUUCCUCCAUAUAUUCUCGGCAAGCGACUGUCGGAUGGGGAAUAUGUUCGAUUCCUGAGUGAAGAGGAGAAGGCUCAGGCUUUUGAGGCAGCCAAGAAGUAUAGGCAGGAAGAUGCGGACAAAUUGUCACAGAAGAAGGGGGAGCUUGUUGACCCGCGGCCGGUUGAACUUGAAAGUGUCAAGGCCGAGGACCACCAAUUGCUGAUCCAAUCUCUUGGUCUAGGGAAGUAUCCCUCGCUCGAGACAAAGAACGACUCGCCUCUCGUUGGUGAGAUUCUGAGGAAUCUCCAGAACAAUGAGACUUACAACGCGGCUGGGAAGCAAUCGCAAUUCAUGGCAAAGGUGGAAUCGCUCCUCGUUCAACCCCGUCCUGCGAAACGUGCUUGA